GAAAUUCAAACGUUCGACUUGGGUCAGCUUUGUGCGGUCUUCGUUCUUCUUUCUUUUUCUUUCCGUGUGGUGCUCCUGCGUUUGUGGCCCGUCCUCUACGACGGUGCUCGUGUAACUUGAGCAUUUUUAGAGAAACGCUCCCUCUCUUCAGCUUUUCCCUCUUUACUCAGCCUCGAUGGACCUUUAUGUAUAUUUAUCUAGGUUGGAUCUUGCCGUCAGCUCUUGUUUCUUUCCUCCACUUCCUCUGUUUCCGUUCGUCGCUGUUAACGAGUUGGUGGGAGCGGUCUAGGAGAGAAGCGGACAUGGGUGUUCAUGGCAGCGCUUGCUUAAUAAAUAUGUAUAUAUAUAGCCUGCCCAGUAAGGCACAGCGAUCGAGCAGUACACGGUGGUGUGCGACGUGCAAGAAAAGAAAAAGGAGGGGAAAAUGACGACUGGUGGUGCACCAAGAAGGACGCGUAUGAUUUGCUGAGAGGGAUUCUCCAAAAGAAAAAAAGAGUGUGAAGCUACUACCCACUUUUAGGGCUUGCUGUUUUGGUUAUGUGACACCUACUGUGUAGUCUAUGAGAGAGAGAGAGACGUUGGGUAUUCAACUGCUGAAAGCGCAGCGGCAGGAAGCGGUGUACCGCAGCAGCGUUUCUUCUUAACCGUCAGCGGUCUUCCGUUUUUGGCAGGUGGCAUAAUGCACGACUGCUGGGUCACUCAAGAGCUCGCAUCCUUUUUGCUCAUCUACACUCCUUCCGCUUCUUUUUACUAUUGUCCAUGGCCGUCGAACCUGUGCUGCGUUUGUCCCUUAAGAAGUAGCCCCCGGGAAUAGCAUAGCCUAGUUCUCUUCUUCCAUUUCGUGUGCCUGCUGGUGACAUUUGCUUUUUGUAAAGAACAGUAGCUCUCUAAAGUUUUUUUUUUCUCUUCGUUGAAAUAUAUAUAUACCCCCACUUAGCUCAACGGGUACAAGAAGCAGCAGAAUGCUCCGCUGCUCACGUGUCAUGCGAGGCGGCUUCUCGCAGGAGGCGUUCCACCGCAUGACCAAAUACAUCACAUCCCGCAACCCGAACGAGAAGUACCUGCGCACCGGCCACAUUGUGCUUGAAACGCUCAAGCGCUACCACGCGUACGUGCUAGCGGUGUGUUUGAUCAGCGCCUUCACCGUGUACGAUCACCGGACACACCCCGAGAAGAUGCCCGGCGCUACACACGAUGGCCGUUCCCUGGUGUUGUAG